GGACUUAUUUUUAAAAGGACCCAUGUGCUAGCUCUCGAUUUGCUGUUUCUGUGAUGGAGGUGAAAAAUGCCAAUGCUGCUAUGCUCAGUAACUAUGAGAUUUUUAAACUGCUGACAGACCUGAAGGAGCAAAGGAAAGACAGUGGGAAGAACAAGCACAGUGCUGGGCAGCAAAACCUCAACACCAUCAUGUAUGAGACACUGAAAUACCUGUCGAAGUCUCCUUGCAGCAGGCAAAGUCCAGAGAUUGUCAAAGAAUUUCUUACGACCAUGAUGCCUCACAAACUUACAAAAGCAGAGAAGCUGCAGCUACUAAACCACCGGCCACAAACAGCAGUGGAAAUUCAGCUUAUGGUUGAAGAGAGUGAGGAGCGUCUGUCAGAGGAGCAGAUUGAAGAUUUGAUUCAGACCAUUUCAGAGAUCCUUCCUGGAGACCCGGAACAACAAAACAAAACCACAGCUGAUGCAGAGAUGGAAGAAUCUGAAGAAAAAUCAUGACACUAGCAGGGCAAAAGUAAAUUAAACCUUUAGUUUUGGAGCACAAUUUGACAUAUUGCAAGUAUAAAUAAUCAUAUGUACAACA